UUUUUCUAAAUUUUAUUAAUUUUUUAUUGUAUUUCAUUUUUCAGUAAAUUUCCCUAAAAUUAAUUUUAAGUUUAUUGCAGAUUUUGGACUUUUUAUUUUUUAAUUUGAAGUUGUUAUUUUUGUCUUUUGGAAUUUGGGCAUUUUAAUAUUAUUUUAGUUCCUGGCUAGUCUUAACUGAAGUAUCCACUUUAUAAAAUAUUUUUUUUCAAAGUUUGAUCCUGGUCAAGAAAUUUUCUAUCUUUAUAAUGUACAGCAACUGGACUUUCUGAUAUGUCAUUUGACAAGAGCAUUUCUUUAAAGUUUCCACACGAUUUAACCGUUAGGUGGCUUACUUACAUCAAUGAGUCCACGGGCCUUUUGGAUUUCGAACAUAAAAAUUUUAAUCGCCACCAAUUAAACAUUAGAAAGGGCUUCUACUCUUCUGAUUUGUAUUUGGUAUCUGAAGGCGCACUAUGUCGAAUUUUUCCUGGAAAAGAUAAAACCCUUUCGUACCUGCAGUCGAACAACUCGACCAGCGUUAUGGUCAAGAUCUCCUGCGAGGAAGGAAAGGUCUUUGUAUCCUCACCAGACCCAUCAGUAUUUAACGUAGAAAAGGACAUACUCAGACUAAUAAGUGACAAGGCGUGUAAAAGGAUUUUUGGACAUUUUAAAGCUGCCUCAUCACUGCCAAUAGCACUUAAUGAAGGUGACGAAAUCAGAUUAGGGAGAGCAAAACUGACAGUAAGGCAUCUAGCCUACAACUCGAGUCUUCCACUUUCAUACCUUCACGAUUUAAUAUCUGACGAACCUGAAACGAAUCCUUCCGAAAAUGACCCUGACGAUUUAAACUCGGCCAGAACCAACCUAACAGUUUGUGUGGUUGACGAAAAUGCAAAUAAUUUGAAAAGUGAAACAGAUAGUACUAACAACAACAGAUCAGCGGUUAGCAACGCUGAUUCGACAUCAGAAGUAAUGCCGAUUAGCAUAAAGGACGACCCUUUGGUAUCUUUACGCAAUACAGACGUUGAUUUAAACUCCUCACUUAACAAGGACUCUAAAAAGUUUAAAGAUGGAGACAACCCCUCAUAUUAUGAUAUUUUAACCACAAGAACUAACCUAACAUCCGAUUCAAUUACUAAAGUCACCGAGAACUUGGAAAACACUUGUCGUAUUUGCUUGUGCAAUGACGAUGGAAGCGGGCCUCUGAUAACACCCUGUAAGUGCAAAGGAUCACUGACAUACGUACACCUUUCCUGUAUAAGGUCCUGGAUCAAAGGGCGCUUAAACUGCUACGCCGAAGGUGCACCAAACACCAGCUUUUUCUGGCAAAAACUCACUUGUGAGUUAUGUGGCACACUUUACCCAACUAAAAUCAGCAUAGACAACAAGGAACACGACUUUGUUGACAUAGAGCAACCACAGCCGCCAUACCUGGUGUUAGAACCAGAAAAUGUAACUGAGAAGGGAUACUUCAUCGUAUCAUUAUCUAACAACCCUGCCAUAAUCGGCAGAGGCCAUUUAUCUGACAUAAGAUUAACUGAUAUUUCUGUGAGCAGGCACCACUCGACACUUUUGUUUCAGAACGACCGCUUCAUAAUAAAGGAUACAAGGUCAAAGUUUGGCACUUUAAUUAACUCCAGCAGGGACACUGGCUUUAAGACUCAGCUUUAUCAUAAUAACCCCGUUUUGCUCAAAAUCGGCAACGGGAUCCUUUGCAUCAGCAUUAAGAAAUCAUUUAGGCCGUUUUUCUGCUUAAAUUCGUACCCACAGCAGACAAACACAUUUUCACUUUAAUGUAAUAUAAAAUAUA